AUGUCUUUCACGUCAAUCCCUAUUCUCGACCUCGCCUUGGCACAGGACCCCGAGACGAAACCCCAGUUUCUCGAGGACCUCCGCCACGCGCUCAUGGAAGUCGGCUUCCUGUAUCUCAAGAACGUCGGUAUCCCCGAUGAGCUAUUCCAGAGGGUCGUCAGGGAGGGCAAAGCCUUCUUUGACAUCCCGACCGAGGAAAAGUACUGUAAUCUCCUUUAUUCGGGGGAGUGUGAGCCCCGGGUAGGCAAGAGUAAGAGGACGGGACUGACGAUAUUUCCCAGGCUCAGGAUUGAGAUGAAGAACGCCAAGUCUUUUCUGGGAUACUCUCAACUCUCGGCCGAGAUCACGGCCGGCAAGAUAGACCACCGCGAACAGAUCGACCUCUCCACGGAACACCCGCUUCCAAGCCCCGACGAUCCCCUGCAUUACAACCUCCUCGCCCCGAACCAGUGGCCCUCGGAAUUCGCCCUUCCAGGCUUCCGUGCCACCUUCACCGAGUACAUGGAACGUAUGGGCGCCAUCUCCAUUGCCUUCACCUCUCUCAUCGCCGAGGCCAUCAAGAUCCCCCCCUCAGCCUUCUCCAAGUAUUUCGACGCCAACCAGCAGCACAAGCUCAAGAUUGUAAAGUACCCGGACCUCCAGGAGCUCGGCAUCACCGACCCGGCCAUCCAGGGCCAGGGCGUCGGCCCGCACAAGGACAGCAUGCUGAGCAGCUAUCUCCUGCAGGCGAGCCAUCACCGCGGGCUGCAGGUGCAGAACGUGAGGGGCGAGUGGAUCGACGCGCCGCCGGUCGAGGGGACGUUGGUCGUGGCCAUUGGGCAGGGACUAGAGGCCCUCACGCAGGGGGUGUGCGUGUCGACGACGCACCGCGUGCUGAGCCCGGCCGCCGGGCAGGGCGCGCGGUUUUCGAUACCGUUCUUCCAAGGGGUGAGGGGCGAUGCUGAAUUCGAGGACCUGGAGACCGUCGGGGUGGGGCAGGUGCCCGAGGACAUCAAGGAGCAGAGAAGGGCGGUGCUGGAGAGAAACGGCGGGACGAGGCUGGAUGAUGUCGAGUUCACGUUUCGGAAAGGCGGGGUCGCGAAAACGCUUGGUGAGGCGACGUUGAGGAAUCGCAUCAAAAGUCACCCGGAUGUCGGGGAGAGGUGGUACCCGGAAAUUUUGGCUGCGAUCCGGAUGGAGGAGGCGAGGGCUGCCGCGGCGAAGGAGGGAAACGCGAAGGGGGUUCCCGCGACGUCUGCGGUGGUGGUCCCGGCUCAUUAA